AUGGACUUUGCCGACGAUAUAGCUUAUGCAGUUCACGAUGUCGAAGACUUCUACCGGACAGGUUUGAUACCUCUGGACAAAUUGGUGAGAGAUAGAGAUGAAGUGGACAAGUUCUUGGACGGCAGCUUCGCAAAUUUGGAAGGCAACUAUACACCCGCACCAUUCGACAAGAAAGAAUGCAAGGCCGCCUUCACUGAUAUCUUGGAAUUUGCUCCCAUCAAUGACCCCUAUUCAGGCACCGGCGACCAGCGUGCGAGACUGAGGUCUUUUACCGCCGGACUUAUCGGUAGAUACGUCAACGCAAUACAACUGCAUGUGCCGGAAGAAUCCAACAGGCGUCGAGUUGAAAUAGUACCAUUAGUUGAAAUGGAGUUGUUCGUAUUCAAACAGUUGACUUGGUUCUAUGUAAUCAACAACAGCGCGUUGGCCGCUCAGCAGUAUGGGCAACGGAGAAUAGUAAGGGAGCUGUUCCAGAUAUUCAACGAUGCGGCAGAAAGCAAGUCACUGGAUAUUUUCCCCGCCGGCUCAAAAAGCCGGAUGGAAGAAUUGACUCGAGACGGCCAAUGCAAUUCCCCUGACGCGCGCGUCCGAGUGGUAGUGGACUUAAUCGCAGGUAUGACGGAGCAUCAAGCCGUCUCUAUGUACCAGAGGCUUACAGGAGUUUGGCUCGGCACGGUAAUGGAUACGAUUGUCAGGUGA